GAAGAUUUGCGUUCGCGCCCGCGCUCACGCAGCCGGAGCAGCGAAAAAUAGCGAGUUCCUCGAGCCCCCGCCACGAGCGUAACCGCCGUGUAGCCGCCACAUACAGCCGCCGUUGCACGCUCGCGCGCGGUGGCGGUCGCCCUCUCUCGUUACAAACCGCACUAUCUCGACGUCUUGCAUGGCACCUGCUUGACCUGAACCAGUGACGAUCAUAGUCGCGUUGUCCACGUGCUACUUUGGCGGUCCAUUUUCACCGUGGCGCGCGAUCGACUGUGAUCAAGAGUGAGAUAGCAAUUAUCGUUCACGGUGUUUCCGAUCGCUACGCAAGCCGAUUUAUGUCGCACUGUCAUUUUUUCAUAAAUUUUUAAAUAAAAUUGUCAACGUUUAACCAUUUCGAUCGUAGGAUCGCAGAACCGCAAAAAUAUUCGCUAAUCCCAUUACAGUCGGACAUUAAAUACCUCGAUAAUCGAAAAAUACUUUGAGAUUGAAUUGUGAGUUCCCGCCUAGAUCCAAGUUAGCGGAAGAUCCGGAAUCCGUGAGUUAUACACCAUCGCGUUAACGUUAUACACCGUGUGUUACACGCGUUGCGAUUGGAAAGUAUGAACCCCAAAGCGUGCCGAAUCGGUCAAGUGUAAUACGACAAAACAAUAUCGUAUCGCAUUUUGUGCAUGCAAGACGAUGAGCGACGGUAUAGUCGGUGCAAUUGCGAUUAGUUUGUUCGGGCUCGUUCUAGGCGGCGAGAAGAAGCAUCGGAUCAGUAUGGAUGCUGGUUAUUCCGUUCUUAGUAGCGAUCUCGAAGCCUGCAGAAUGUUCGAUCAGUAUUCCUAUAAGAGAAACGACAAUCUCGACUUGUCUUUGAACGUUCCACAGCAUCAAACAUCAUACCAUCACGACAGCUACAAUAUGUCGGACCAGACUUUUCACACACCGAGUUUCGGUGACGAAGACUUUGAUAUACCAACCAUUCAUCCUCAUUCGCAUCAGCAACAGCAGCAACAUCAUCAACAACAUGACUCCAUGUACGGUCAGCCACAGAUGAUGCAAGGUAGCGGUAUGCAGCAAUCAUCAGACGGUCUAAAUUUGGACGCUGGUGGAUAUCAACAACAGCUCUAUUUACAACAAGAACAUUCGAUGCAACCUAUCAAUGUCAGCUCAGCAUAUGGCAACUCUCAAGGUUCAUAUGCGACGAUGAGCUCUCCGCGCCAACAACAACACAGUGGACAGCAAUUGUUAAUGCUGCAACAGCAACAACAGCAGCAGCAGCAACAGCAGCAGCAACAAGUCCAAAUGCAACAUAUGCAGUAUAUGCAUUCCCAACAACAACAGCAAUUGCAACAACAACAGGCACAACAAAUGCAAUACAGAAGUCCUACUGGAGGCAGUCCGACCACUAUGCAAUCCAAUAAUAUUCCGGAGACGAAUAAUAAUACUACGACUAGCGAAGAUAGCGAUGAUAGCACUCCACAUUCAGGAGGAAUGAUUACUAUGGUCAAACGUGAGCCACCAUCGCCAGAAGCAACUGAUGUUGGAGCGAAGAAUCAAAGAAAAACGAAGCCACAGAAGAAAAAGAAGAAGAGAGAUCCUAACGAGCCACAGAAACCAGUGUCAGCGUACGCCCUUUUCUUCAGAGACACUCAAGCAGUGAUAAAAGGAAAACAUCCAAACGCUAGCUUUGGCGAAGUAUCUAAAAUUGUCGCGUCAAUGUGGGAUGCAUUGGAUAUUGAACAUAAAAAUUAUUACAAAAAGAAAACAGAAGCAGCUAAGAAAGAAUAUUUGAAAGCUCUCGCGGCAUACAGAGCGUCUUUGGUGAGCAAAGGUGCUGGCGAAAAUGAACAAAAGCAGCAAACGCAACAGCAACAACAAAUACAAUAUAGUGGAUACACAGGCUAUGCUAACAAUACUGCGCCAGGAAAUGUUACAUAUCAAGUUUACAGUCCUCAGCAUCAACCUUCGUCGCCUCAACAACAUCAGCAACAGCAGCAGCAACAAAUGGCUGUUAAUAAAAAGUCACCUCAUCAUUUAGCUAUACAAGGGAAUCCUCAGCAACAAGCUUUAAUGGGUAAUGUAAUGGCACCACCACAUAUGACACAGCAACAACAGCAGCACAUGCAACAACAGAUUUCACAACAACAAUAUAUGCAGGUGUCUCAACAACAGCAAGUGCAGCAGGUACAAGUACAGCAGCAACAGCAGCAACAAAUAAUACAUACAAGUCCACCUAGAGCGGAAUUUAUAAAAUCUGAAGAUUUGUCGAUAAAGUCUGAAACUUUAUCUAGUUCUUCAUCGCCAGUAAAUCCUUCACAAGUGGCUAUGACAGGACAAGUGCCACCACCUUGUAUACAUCAGGGAUGCCCCAAUCCUGCUAUAUCCAAUAACGAAUGGGAAGAUGAAUACUGCAGCAACGAGUGUGUGGUCAGCCAUUGCAGAGAUGUAUUUAACACGUGGGUGUCUUCAAAUCAAAAUCCUCAACAAAAUUAUUCUACAGUUAAAUAAGUGUUCUACAAAAAAUGAACUACAGCAACUACUCAAUGGCCUCACAGCAAUGGCUUGUUGUUAAUCUGUAAGAUAUUUAUAAUAAAUAUGUGUACAUAAGUUGAUGAAUAACAACUUUUUAAAGUCAAGACUAUUCAUAUAGCAACAGAGAUAUAGCAUGAGAAAAAAUGGCGAAUAAUUUGAAAUGGUAAUAAUAUACAGAUGUGUUCUCUAGUGAACAGCAGAGGGAACACAGAUAAUGGCAAAAUAAAGAUAAAUUUUUUCUUUUUUUAAGAAAAGAAUUUAGAAUGUAUAUUGAAAAGCCUUAUCCAAAAACUUAUUACUCUGGCCAAAGGUCUUUGUAAGGAGUGUAUUGCGACUUUUGAGUAAUUUAAGUAAGUGCAUUUAUUUACACUUACGUUACUUACGAGAAAUUAAAUAACACCUUAUUUUUUUGUGUAUUCUCAGAUACUCCUUACUGACAGGCAAAGUGUGCCAAUUGUACAGACAUAUUUGUUUCUUUUCUAACGUUAUGUAGAUAGUGCUACACUUUUUUUAAAAUUUAUUGAACAGAGAUUAGUUUCUUGAAUUGAAUUGUAUCAACUGUGUUUCUCUAAAUUAUCAUUUAGAUGUAGUCUACAAAUAACACAGUACAAGAACGAAAAAAGCCAUAUAAAAUGUAUAAAUAAGUGCACUACGUUCAAUGUGUAUUUCGUUCAUGCUGCAAUGCAAUGACUGGAUAAAAAGAGGACUUAUACGUAAAACAUACGUAUAAUAUUACACACCGUGGUCACCAUUUGUCACUUUUCCUUUUAAUGUGUAGAUUUAAAAGCAAAAGUUAUAUUUGUUGAUGUAUUUCUUGAUAUAUUUUUAAUUGUUUGUAAUUAUGGAUAUCUUGAUUUGAAGCAGUUAUUAUCAUUGAUACAUGUAUAAUGCUUAUAAGAAUGGAAAAAUAAAAUAUUGUAUUAUAAAUUUUUAUUUUAUAACAAAAUAUUGUUUUAAGGAAAUGUAUGUAUACAAGGUAUCCGCGAAAUUAACAAAUCAAAAUACUACAUACACACACAUAUACACACACACCAA